UCAAAUUUAAAGUUCCAUGGAUCUCCUAAAGGUCAUUAAAAAUCUGCAUUCAUUCACAUAGAGAGCAUUUGCUACGCUCUAUAAAACUAUCAUGUUUACUAUGAUGUUUACAGAAGAUAACUUCGUGGUAGGGUAAAAUAACAGAGUGGAUAACGACCCGGAGGGUUUCAGAGAAAUAUGGAGACCAGUUAGUUUUACUCGAAUGUUUCUACAUCGUGAAGAGCUUCUAUGACGGCUACCUGCAACAAAUUAAAGGAUUGAAAUUACAGGAAACUGUUUUGCACGUUAUCAAAUGGGUUGCACAACAAGAGAGAAAUCUGUGAAGAACAGAAGGCGGCUUCGUUCAAAUAACCCUACCUCGUCUGUUAGAAGUGAAGAACACGUACAUGAUGAUAAAAGGACGAAUAACACAAUUGCAAAGAUUUCAUCCAACAACAUGAGUACAUCUCGGGAAGAAAAACCCAAAGAAAAGAAUGCAGUUUACGAGGAAACUGAAGAAUCUGAUUGGGGGUAUUGCACAGAAGAACAAUUGAAGGAUCUUUUACUAAAGAGUCUUGAGUUUGUCUACAAUAAAGCGGUGUGUAAAAUUGCAUCUGGGGGCUACGGUGGAGAUGAAGCACUCAAAGCAGUGCUACGAAGCGGUCACUAUCAUGGCAGUGGCGACUUAUUUUCCGACAUUGUGAAAAAUGCAAUGAUGUGUUUGAAAGAUACCACCUAUAACUGGUCUAAUGGAGCUAAUAUUGUUUUUAGAGAUCUUAAACAGCUUCAGGAGUAUGCCUUGACUAGGCUUGUGUGCUUUGUUCGGCAGUUUCGACCAGAGCUUAGCAAGGGAGAUGCCAUGUGGAGUCUCCUCAUGAGUGAUCUUCAUGUGGGGCGAGCAAUUGCAUUAGAGAUCCCUUCCAUUCCAACUGCUGAUGAGAGAUUGCUCAUUAAAUCGGAUAAAAAUUAUCCAUCUCCUUCAAUAAUUUCUAUGCCCUCUCCAAUCAGACCAUCUUGUUUGUCUUCCAAUCUUAUACCUAUCGGCGUAGAUUCAGAGCCAUGUGGGAUGUGUUCUGGAAAAAAGCGCAUAGCUGGCUUGAAUGCAGAACAAGCUGAUAAAGUCAUUGUAGAUGCUUCGUCUUUACUGGAUGGUGGCUUCACAUUUGAUGCUGAAACAUCACAAUUGCCUUUGACGGGCACCAUCCACUCAACCCCAAAUGCUUGCUGGCAAUCUUCUAUGAAAUUGUCUCUAUUGAGGAAAAAUGCAGCUUGGCUUCUGCAUGAAUAUAAAUCCAAAUCAGAUAUAUGUUCGCAAUCUGAUGGUGGAAAGAAUGAAGAUUUGGUUUUCUCAUGUGAGACACAAAAAGUUCAAACUCAAUCUCAGAGUUUUUCUGAAAAGAAUCAGUUCUUAACGCCAAACUUGCAUAUGUCAUCUGAAACUACAGCUGUUUCAACCAGGAAUCCUGCUGCAGCUACAGGAUCAUCUUUGGAGAUAGCUUCUACAAUGGAUGCAGGCGAAGAUCAGUUUAAAGGAAAGCCUAGAAAUUGCCCUGAUAUUUUAGAAGCUAUUUUGGGAAGUUUGAAGCAGACAGGUGUUGGUGAGAAGUCAGAUUGCCUUGAUCAACAGAAUGAGAUAAUGUUGAAGCUUAUGCACCAAAUAAGAGAUUUAGAAAUGCAAUUAAAGGAACAGACUGAAUGGGCUCAACAGAGAGCAAUGCAAGCAGCCAGAAAAUUGGGUAAAGAUUUUACAGAGUUGAAACAAUUGAGAAUGGAGAGAGAUGACACAUUGCACCUGGAAAAGGAUAAACGGUCACUUGAGGACACCAGAGUGAAGAGAGUUGCUGAAAUGGAGAAUGCGUUACGUAAAGCAAGUAGCCAAAUUGAUCAAAGCAAUGCAGCUGUAAGGAGGCUUGAAACUGAGAAUGCAGAGAUGAGAGCAGAGAUGGAAGCAUCCAAAUUGAAUUCAGCUGAGUCUGUUGCAACUUAUCAAGGGAUUGAAAAGAGGGAGAAAAAGAGUCUAAGAAAGACUCAGACUUGGGAGAAACAGAAGUCAAAACUCCAGGGUGAAAUCGAUGAGACGAAACAGAAUAUAUAUCAAGUACAGAAACAAUUGUCUCUCAUUAAAGAUUUACAGCAAGAAACAGAGGCAAAAUUGAAGCAGGAUGAGAAUGCCAAAGAAUUUGCAAUUGCACAAGCUGAGGAAGCAAGAAGAGCGAGAGAUGCAGCUGAAGCUGCUGCCAAAAGAAGGGAAGAGUCAUUACAUAGAAAGACAGAGAUGAACUUUCAACGUCACAAGGAUGACAUUGAGAGACUAGAACAGGAGCUAGUUCGUCUGAAAGCCAAAGCAGUAUCUUUUCAGCCAAACACCAUGCCGAGUUCUCAAAAUGAAGCAGAGGAGGUGAAUGCAAAGAUCUGGAAGGAAAAGAAUUUACAUUUGCUUAAUAAAUUCCAAGAACUUCAGGAAUCAUCUCAGAGAGAACGAUAUAACGAUCGACAAUGUGUAAUGUGUAGGAAUGAAGUUGUCUCAAUUGUAUUUUUACCAUGUGCGCAUCAGGUCGUUUGCGUUGAGUGUAAUAACUUGCAUGAGAAAAAGGGUUUAGAAAACUGUCCAUUUUGUAGAAGUCUUAUACAACAAAGAAUACAUGUUUAUGGUGCAAGCAUGUAGGUCUAAUUGAAAAUGUAGAUUUUCAUUUUGAUGCAAACAACCUGUUGGAAUAGUUCUAUUGGCACUGAGUUACUAGCGAA